AUGGGCGACUUAUCGGCAGCUGAUGGUGGAAGGGAUUCGCCCGUUUUCAGUUGUGGUGGAAUGGGAGAUGAGGAGGCGAUACAGAGAACAGCUGACGAGGCUGCGGAGAGUAAAUGGAGUGCUGUGAGCAAGGGUUAUUAUAAUGACGCGUACAUUAUGCAAAUGUGCCGGCACUGGGCGCAUCGUCAACCUGUGAUAAACCGGGGGUAUUUUGCUCGAGUGCAGGCUAUGAGAAAUGCGAUAUUGGAUUUCAUAAGUGAUGUUAAAACAGAGGGAAAAGAUGCGAUUCAGAUAGUGUCCCUAGGAGCUGGCAUUGACACUACUUACUGGUGGCUAAGUGAUCAGGAGGAGAUUCGUGGGAUCAAACUUAGGUAUCUCGAGUUGGACAUGCCAGAAGUGGUGGAUCGGAAAACGAGUAUGAUAUUGCGGCGAGAGGCGCUGUGGAGCAGACUUGGAAAAUCCAAGGACGAUCUCGUUAUCAAGGAUGGGUGCGGCGCCCGAUGUAUACGGGCGGACACGUAUAGGUCGGCUUGUUGCGACUUGAGGGCUGUGGAGACGGUUUCGGGCGCUCUUGGGGAGAUAGGUUUUGCAUCCACUGGAGUACCGACAUUGUUCAUCGCUGAGUGUGUAUUGGUGUAA